UUUUAGAGUGAUGAAAAUACUGACCAAUCACUGGCAAACAUGACUGAGAAUAAGUUGUGAUAUCUCAAAUCAAUGUGACAUUGUGGAUUAAUUCAAGGAGCUCUCUGUUGUUUGGCUCUCUGUUGUGACUGGAAUCAGCUGAAGAUGGAUUUUGAAAGGAAACAAAGUUAUUUGGAAAUACCAAUACAAGUUGGUGUAAGGCUGCGGCCCGUGCUGGACACGGAUGACCCGCCGUCGGACGAGCGGGUCGAGCUGCUGGCCACCGGCCAGGUCACCGUCGAGGGCCACCUGUUCGAGCCCACCUUCUGCCUGCCAGCCUCGGUGGGCCAGCAGGAGCUGUACGCGGCGGCCGUCGAGCCGCAGGUCGAGAUGCUGCUCCAGGGCUACAAUGUAGCCGUGGUGACGUUCGGCCAGACGGGCUCCGGGAAGACGUUCACGCUGGUCGGACCGGACGCCACGUUCGCCAUGAGCGAGGCCGAGUUUGGCGUGCUGCCCAGAGCCGUGCGCCACGUGUUCGCGGCGCUCAAGCAAAGUUCACAUGAGGUGGCCGAGCACGCGUUCACAGUGCGGGCCAGCUACCUGGAGGUGGGUGAGGAGGAGAUCCGCGACCUGCUCAACUACGAGCCCGUCAGCUACCACCUGGACGUGCAGUACGACGAGGAGGGCUCCCCGGUGGUGCCGGGUCUCACCCGGUUGGAGUGCUCCUCCGUCUCCGAGGUACUGCACUGCCUCGAGGCUGGCUCGUCCAUGCGACAGGCGGGCUCUACGGCGGCCAGUGAUCAGCAGGCGCACACGGUGUUCACGGUGCAAGUUCAGCAGGAGUGGGCCGACGGUGUGCUACUGCACGAGACCUCUUCGUCAAUGUACUUUGUGGAGCUGUCCGGUUCGGAGCUACAGCCGGCGCCCGACGACCCGGACGACUUCACCAUUAAUGCCGGCCUGCUGGCACUGCGUCACGUGGUGGAGGCGCUGGCCCGCCGCCGGCCGUCCGUGCCCUACCACCUGGCCCCGCUGCCCGCGCUGCUCAAGGACGUGAUCGGCGGCAACUGCCGCACGCUGGUGCUCUGCUGUCUGUCGCCGGCCGACACGGACGAGUCUCUGAACUCGCUGCAGUACGUACGUCUGCUGCCGGCCGUCAUCAACCUGGUGACGUGUGGCGCCGUGCAGCGGCCGCUGCCUCCGUCCUCUGAUCCGCCGCCGGCCGAGCAGGCGGGCCCGGCGCGCCAGGUGCACCCGGUCCACCCUCUGAGACACCCGCUGCAGGCGGCCUCCCCGCGGCCCGACGGCAAACCACCGCCGGCCGGCUGGGCGCAGGGCGGGUACAGCGCCGCGCCCGGGUACGGGCCGGAGCUGGACGCGCCGCCGGCGGUCGGCUGGGGCCCGGCCGGCCCCGCUGCCCCUCCGGCGGGGUACGGAGCGGGCUACGGGCCGGGGUUCGGCGGACAGAGACGGCUCAGCUCGGCGCAGCAGAGGCUCAGCGGCCAUGGAGCGGUGAUGAGCCCGGCUCAGCAGAUGGUGGGCGGACAGACCCAGCAGGUGAUGAGUCCCACCCAGCCGGCCAUGAACCAGAACCAGCACAUGAUGGCUGUGAACCAGCCGGUGGUGAACCACAGCCCGGCGCUGAUCAACGCGAACCAGCAGAUCAUGAACCAGAACCAGGCGCUGAUGACACACAGCCAGCAGGAGCAGAUGAUGCUGAACCAAAAUCAGCAGCUGCUCAGCCCGAACCAGAUGGGGCUGAACCAAACCAUGAACCAGAACCACCAGAUGAACCUGAACCAGAUGAACCAGCCGCUGUCUCCGCUGAACCAGCCGCUGAUGAACCAGAGUCACGCUCACAGUCAGAGUCUGGCGGUGCAGCAGUCGCUGAACCCGUCGCUCAGCCAGUCGUUCCCGGCCCUGGCCCACCCGCUGUCUGCCGCCACCCCCGGCCACCUGCUCAGUCAGACGGUGCCGUCGUUCGGCUCCCACCAGAACCUAUCUCUGAGCCAGCCGCCGCGGCCGGCCGGCGGCGGGCACCUCAGCCACCAGUCGGCGCUGGUGCACCCGUACCACCACCAGGCGUCGCCGGCCGGCCGGCUGGCCGGGCUCGGCUACACGGCCAGCCCGCCGCUCACCAGUCUGACCGAGCUCAGCUGCCAGCGCGCCGCGCUGCUCCACGAGAACGCGCUGGUCGACCUCUACCAGCGGCUGCAUGUGCUCGAGAUGCACCAGCUGGCGGCGGCGCAGCAGGCGGCGCUGGCGGCCCAGGCCCCGCCGCCGAACACACGCUCCGAGCCCGAGCCCGAGAAACAGGACGACCAGCUCUUCCAGCUGGAGUUUGCCGCCGACCAGUACCGCCGUCUGGUGGCCGGCGCCGAGAGGCUGCUCCGCCAGCUGGCCGGCCGCGGCGCCGUGGACGGCGAACAGAACGGACUCAUCCAGCAGUGGAUGUGCAGGAAGCAGGAGACCGAGGAGUGUCUGCGCCAGGAGCAGGAGGCGGGCAGCGAGCUGCGCCCGCCGGACAGCGCGGAGAGCGACACGGACACGGACGCGCCGGCGGCGCAGAGGGCGCCCGCGCACGGCGCCGGCACGAACAACGUUUCUGGCGGCGCCGUGUCCCGUCUGCCGGCCUCCGAGCUGGACGGUCUGAGUGAGUCCCUGAGCUCGGCUCUCCGGCUGGGAGACAGGCCGGGAGCGCUGGACACCACACCCGCCGCUGUGAUCGGUGAGCCGGCUGAUGCGUCCACACCACACGAGGCAGCCUCUGCCGCCCGGACCGCCGCCGACCCGCCCCAGAGCAGGGUACAGCAGGUGGACGCAGCGCUGGUGGGCAAGGAGGCCCCACCCCGACCCCCCGCGGACGGCGGUCCCACCGUCCACGGCUCGGCCGAUCUCCCGGAGCGGGGAGAGGACCAGCGCCGCUCGGGCGUCUCCACGGACAGGGAGACGCAGCCGAAAGCGGCCCUCGAGCGCAGCAGGUCCUCGGGAGCCACAGUGGCGGGACACCAGGGUGGCGGCGGCGCCCGGCCACGUUCACCCUCCUCGUCCUCCGACCCCUACCAGCGGCGCCGGAGACAGGCGUGCACUGAGGAGGACCUCAGAGUUCUGCGCGAUUCGGACGGCUUGGAGGCGCUCAGGGAGCAGGUCACAGGCGGUACGGACACCACCGCUCCGUCACAGCCGGUGGAGCCGCCCGACCCGGACGCUGACUCGGAGCCGGCUAGGCCCGCGCCCGAUGACCCCGCGUCCAUCCGCCGUGAGAUCCAGCUGCUCAGGGAGUGCCGCGAGUCGCUGCACAACCAGCGGAGACGGAUCAACUCCAAACUGCACCAGGGUCGUCAACUGGACGCGGCCGAGACGCGCCGGCUACUCGAGCUCGACGAGGCCAUGCACGCCGUGGACGAGGUGCUCGAGCACAAGGCGUGUCGGCUGGCGGGCGGCGCGGCGCCAGAGGACGGCCGCCGGCUGCUGCUCAACCAGCGCCAGCUGAUGCCCCGCCUGCUGGGACUGGCCGCCGUCGAGCUGCGGCUCCUCUACUGCAGGACCUUUCAGAGACUGGUGGAUCAGCGUAUUGAUGGGCGGGAGAAGGACCUGGCCGUGGCUGAUUUGGAUGCGCAGACGGAGGAGCAGGUGCGCGGCCUGAAGCGGCUCCAGCGAAUGGUUCACGACCUGAUGCGCGAGCGCAGCCACUACCGGCGGCAGCGGGACGAGCUGCGGCGGCGGCUGCACGGUCCGCGCGGCUCGGGCCACGCGCCGCUGGCGGCCGCCGCGCCGCCCCCGCCCCCGCCGGCGGCCGCCGCCCACGGCAUGGCGCUGGACCCGGCGGCGGCGGCGGCGGCCGUACAGCCGGCACCCCUGGUUCACAGCCGGGCGCCGAGCGACGCCAGCAGCGCGCCAGAGCCGGUACUGGCGCCCACGUCUGCGCCGAACCGGCUGCGUCAGAUGCUACUGUCGGGUCUCAGCCGGCCGGCGACGUCGGCGCCCGCCGCGCGCGUCACACGACAGCGAAAUCGGAUCAUCAUUCAGUCGGCGUCGCAGUCGGCCGAGAAACGCACCAAGCGGUGACGAUCUACCGGCGUCAGGUGGGCGACCGAGGGCUGCGCGCCGGGCGGGCG